GGGCUCUGUUCGGGGCGGGGCCUGGGGCGGCGGGCGCGGAGCCGUUCCCGUUCCCGGUCCCGUUCCUGUUCCGGCGCCGCCGCUCGGAGCCGCCGCCGGGGCCUCCCCGCCCCGUCCCGUCCGCUGCGGCCCCGCCAUGGCCGGGCGCGGCGCCUUCCCGCUCAGCCCGCUGCCCCCCGCCGCCGCCCCGCCGGCCCCGGGGCCCGGCACCGCCCUGCUGCGCGGCCCCAGCCCCGCGCCCGCCGGCGCCCCGGGCUACCGCGCCAUGGGCCCGGCCGCCGCGCAGUACCAGCAGCGCCCAGGGAUGCCCCCUGGGAGCAGGAUGCCCAUGGCAGGGCUGCAGGUGGGGCCCCCAGGAGCCCCCCCGUACGGAGCAGCGACCCCGCUGAGGCCCGGCCUGCCCCAGGCCAUGAUGGAUCCGUUCAGGAAGCGCCUGCUGACCCCCCAGGCACAGCCACCCAUGGCCACCCCCAGGAGAGGGGUGAAGAGGAGGAAGAUGGCUGACAAGGUGCUGCCACAGAGGAUCCGGGAGCUGGUCCCAGAAUCCCAGGCCUACAUGGACCUCCUGGCCUUCGAGCGCAAGCUGGACCAAACCAUUGCUCGGAAGAGGAUGGAGAUCCAGGAGGCCAUCAAGAAACCCCUGACGCAAAAGCGGAAGCUCAGGAUUUACAUCUCCAACACCUUCACCCCAGCCAAGGAGGAAGGAGAGGGCGGGGAGCGUGUGGCCUCCUGGGAGCUCCGUGUGGAGGGGAAGCUGCUGGAGGAUCCCAGCAAGCAGAAGAGGAAGUUCUCCUCCUUCUUCAAGAGCCUUGUGAUCGAGCUGGACAAGGAGCUCUAUGGGCCGGACAAUCACCUGGUGGAGUGGCACCGGAUGCCCACGACCCAGGAGACCGACGGCUUCCAGGUGAAGCGUCCCGGGGAUGUCAACGUGAAGUGCACCCUGCUGCUCAUGCUGGACCACCAGCCCCCCCAGUACAAGCUGGACCCACGGCUGGCCCGGCUGCUGGGGGUGCACACCCAGACCAGGGCCAGCAUCAUGCAGGCCCUGUGGCUCUACAUCAAACACAACAAACUGCAGGACAGCCACGAGAAGGAGUUCAUCAACUGCAACCGCUACUUCCGCCAGAUCUUCAACUGUGUCCGCAUGCGCUUCUCUGAGAUCCCCAUGAAGCUGGCAGGGCUCCUGCAGCACCCGGAUCCCAUCAUCAUCAACCACACCAUCAGUGUGGACCCCAAUGACCAGAAGAAGACAGCCUGCUACGACAUCGACGUGGAGGUGGACGAUCCCCUCAAAGCCCAGAUGAGCAAUUUCCUGGCUUCCACCACCAACCAGCAGGAAAUCGCCUCCCUCGAUGCCAAGAUCCACGAGACCAUCGAGUCCAUCAACCAGCUGAAGACACAGAGGGAUUUCAUGCUGAGCUUCAGCAACAACCCCCAGGAUUUCAUACAGGAAUGGAUCAAAUCCCAGAGGAGGGACCUCAAGAUCAUCACGGAUGUGAUCGGGAACCCCGAGGAGGAGCGGCGGGCCGAGUUUUACCAACAGCCCUGGGCGCAGGAGGCCGUGGGCAGGCACAUCUUUGCCAAGGUCCAGCAGCGCCGGCAGGAACUGGAACAAGUGCUCGGGAUCCGCCUCACUUAAGGCGGGCGGGGCCCGGGGCCGCUCCCGCCCCGCUGCCCGAGCCGGACGGUACCGACUGGAAGCCACAGCACUUGCACAAACCCGAUGUGCCUGGAGGGAUGGGAGCCCCCCCGGGGCUCCCCGGGCCGAGCACAGCGGGGUCCCCGCUCCCCCCAAGCCCCCGCAGCGCCUCCUCCGCUUUGCAUCGCGCCCUCCCCGCGCAGCCCCCGCGGCUCUCCCGCUCCCCUCCCGCUCCCAGAGCCCCUCCGGGAGCCGGGGAGCGCUGCCCGGGCCCGGGGAGGAGCUGCCAGCCCCACCCCGAGCCCAGCCCGCCCCGCCCUGCCCCUCUUCAACCAAAGUUCGUCAUUCCAAACGCCAGCUCCCCCCGGCCCCCCGACGUUUUGCACUAUUUUUGUGAACAGGUUUUAUAUAAAAAAAAACCACGAGAAAGAAAAAAAAAAAAAAAAAAGGCAGCGUUUUGUACAGUGGGUUUGUAUUUGAUUAAUUAAUUAAUAUAUUGAUUGAGCUCCUUUUCCUGCACUGGGCUCUGCAGGGGCUUGGGGAGGCUCCCAGGGCUGCUCUGGGGAUACAGACCUAAGGGUUGGGGCUCAGUUUGUGACAAUCAGUUUAUUCCUUCCCCUCUUCCCACUGUUUUACAUAAUUCCAUAAUUAACCACUUGUCUUGACGAGGUUUGGGGGCAGAGGGGGUCGCUCUGCCCCAGGGGCCUGGGGCCAGGGGGGGCAUGGGGGCACCAAGAACUGGAGAUAGGAGGGAGGGGACCACGGGGACAGUGCCACCACUGCCACCCCCACUGAAGUGCCUUUGCCCCCCUGCAGGCUGCUGAGGUGGGGGGGUGUUUACAGAAUCCCAGGGUUGGGCUCAGGGGUGCCUGCCUCUUCUGUAAUCAGUUUUUGUCUAUUUUGGAUCUUUUCUAAUAAAAGCAGUUAGCAGCA